ACUCCUCAAUCACUCUCUCCUCCUUCAUUUCCGCUUAAUUAGAUAUAAUUGUUACCUGGAGUAACCUCUCCUCUCUUCUCCUUGUUUCUUCUCCUUGUUUCCUUUCCUUGUUUCCUCUACUCUCCUCACUGGUUUUCUCUCUCCUCUCCUCUCCUCUCUUCUACUCUCCAGCUGAUCUUCCAAACUUGGUCAUGUUCUUCGUUCUGCAGCCAAACACUCUUGAGCUUUAAACAACAUCCAUCACACACACACACACACACACACACACGGGGUCGGGUCUGGUCUUUACUCUGUUUCUAUUUUAGCUCGACUCUCUCAGACAGCGGUCAUGGCUCGCUGCAGGAGUUACUUGCGAGGGCUCGCUAUCUGUAUCACUGUGCUGCUACUGGUGUCUGGUGUGGUGAUGAUCGGCGUCGGAUUUUCUUCCAUUGAUGGCAACAUACCAAUUGCUGAGUUGUUCGACCAGUUGUCCAGCAGUGACGGUUUACUGGCCCUGCAGGUGUUCGGCCCGAUCACGCUGGUUUUGUCUGUUCUGGGUAUCUGUGCUGCCACACUGGACCUCAAACCUGUGCUGCUGCUGUUUUCUGCCCUGAUAUUCGUGGAGUUUGUGGCUCUGAUGGUUGUUGCCUCACCGCUGGUUCAGGUUCAAGCUCAGAUGGACAGCGCGGUGGACGAGGUGUUCCUGAAUGUAACUCCUCUCCACAGAGCCGACAGCGUCAUCCAGAGUGAACUAAACAAACUGCAGGCGUCGGACUCUUGUUGUGGUUUGAGGAAAUUUGAGGACUGGGAGAAUCAACUUCCUGUUUCCUGUUUCUGCACGCCGCCCACUCCUCGCCCCGCCUCCGACCCGCAGCCGAGCUCUAACGCUGACUGUGUGAUGGUGGGCGGCGACCCUCCGACCCCUCAGAUCACAGCUCAGUGGGUUCACUCCAAGCCCUGUGGUUCCAUCCUGAAGAGCUACCUGAGCUUUCCCAUCAAACUCAGGAUAGGGAUCAUUUCAGCCGUCGCCACCAUCACGAUGGCGGCCAUUGCUCUGUGUCUGGCAUUGGGUCUGGAGGAAUACUGGAAGACGCCUCCAGUAGAAACUACAGUGGACGACUUCAACAGAGUGAAAUACCAACCCAAACCUUCCCUCACCUGACCUCUAACCUCUGACACAGAACCGAGGCAUCAAUCCAAACUGCCAGCGAAGAGCUCAAUAAAACCACAUCAUCCACUCUUUUGGGAAAUCUGAAAAUUAUUUUGAAACUGCAUAUUUAUAGCCGACAGAAACAUCUGAGGCUGGACUUUUGUUAUUUUGUGUAAUCGUAGGACAGCUCUAAAGAUGGUGGCAACUUAAAAAGAGCACCACCAGACUUUGGGGCCGUCUAUCAUAACAACAGUAUCACAUUCACAGACAAGAACCAAACGGGGCCCUUUAGGGAUUUCAGGCUGAUGUCAUUUCAAAAGGAUUCGCAAUUUGAGAUGUUGAGUCUUGGCAAAAACAUCCAUAAGAAGAGCUUAGGCAGUCCCCUUCUCUGCUUUGGAACCAAUAUUUGAAAAUGUUGUGACGUUUAUGUGAAAUUUGUUGGAAGAUCAGACAGUAAAAGACAGCUGGGAGGGGAACUUUAAAUCAGGAGGAAAAGCUGCCGGUUGGGAUGAAAUAUUUGGCUCUCUUCUUUGAAAAGAACGUUAUAAAUAAAGUUUAUUUUAUCAGUGA